AUGCCGUUAGAAGACAAUGAUGGAGACAUCGCGCUAGAUGAAGAUAUUGAUGAGGACAUGAAAGUUGUAGAAGACGCUGACGAAGACAUCGCUCUGCUGGAAGCCUGUGAAGAAGACAUUGCGUUGCCGGAAGAUGGUGACAAGGAUAUUGCGCUGCUAGAAGACGAAGAUCUAGUGCUGGAUGUAGAGGUCCCACUAGAUCGCGAGAUGGAGCUCGAACUGGCAACCGGAUUGGCGGACGGGCAGGUCAAGAUGAUUGGAGCAGUUGGAGUAGACGACUGGGUUACGGCUGAAGACGUCGGAGAAGUUCCUGAGAUAACGAAGUGGGUCGUCGAGGAAGACCACUGA